AGCUUGCUUGCUUUUGUAUGUGGUCAAGUGGAGCGUUAUGAAGAUGAGGCAAAUGUGGGUAUGGAUGCUGCUCAUGGCACUGGCCUUCGUCAACGACCGGUGCCAUUGUUGUUUGGAGGAAGAGAGAAUUAGUCUCUUAGCGAUAAAAGCUUGGUUCAAUCAUGCAGGUGCUGGGUCCUAUGAGCUAGAAGGUUGGGAUAAAGAGCAUUUUAAUUGCUGUAACUGGGAUAGGGUUGAGUGUGACAACACCACAAACCGAGUGAUCGAAUUAUAUCUUUCAGGUGUAAAUUAUGAAGACUCGGAUCUCAAUGCGUCUUUGUUUCUGCCUUUCAAAGAACUGGAGAUUCUCGACUUAAGCUACAACCAAUUAGUUGGUGGUUUAAAGAAUCAAGGUUUUCAAGUACUCGCUUCAGGGUUGAGGAAUUUGGAGGUACUUGAUCUGAGUUACAAUAAAUUGAAUGACAGCAUUUUAUCAUCUCUCAGUGGUUUUUCAACUCUCAAAUCUCUAUAUCUAUCACACAAUAGCUUCACAGGAACAAUUGGUCUCAAAGGUUUAAGGAAUUUAGAAAUCUUGUAUCUGUCUUCAAAUGACUUCAAGGAAAGCAUUUUGAUAGAGUCAUUGGGAGCGUUGCCAUCCCUGAAGACCUUAUCUGCUGGUGGUAGUACAUUUAAACACGUUGGGGAAGGGUUGUCUAAUUCGUCUAGCCUUGAAGAAGUGUUCCUCGAUGGUUCUUCUAAUAUCCCAGCAAGCUUUCUUAGGAACAUAGGACCCUUGUCUACUCUUAAAGUCUUAUCCUUGACCGGAGUUGACUUCCAUGGCACCCUACCUGCUGAAGGUUUUCAAGUGCUAGCUUCAGGGUUGGGGAAUUUGGAGGAACUUUAUCUGGGUGACAAUAAAUUGAACGACAGCGUUUUAUCAUCUCUCGGUGGUUUUUCAACUCUCAAAUCUCUAUAUCUAUCACGCAACAGCUUCACAGGAUCAACUGGUCUCAAUGGUUUAAGGAAUUUAGAAAGCUUGAAUCUGGAAUACACUGACUUCAAGGAAAGCAUUUUGAUAGAGUCAUUGGGAGCGUUGCCAUCCCUCAAGACCUUAGAUGCCAGUUAUAGUACAUUUAAACACUUUGGGAAAGGGUUGUCUAAUUCGUCUAGCCUUGAAGAAGUGUCCCUCGAUGGUUCUUCUCUCCCAGCAAGCUUUCUUAGGAACAUUGGAACCUUGUCUACUCUUAAAGUCCUAUCAUUGACCGGAGUUGACUUCCAUAGCACCCUACCUGCUCAAAGAACUUUCUUCAAUUCGAGCACCCUUGAAGAAUUGCAUCUAGAUCGUAGUUCUCUCCCAUUAAACUUUCUCCAGAACAUCGGAGCAUUGCCCGCUCUUAAAGAAUUGUAUGCUGGUUACUGUGACCUCAAUGGCACCCUGCCCGCUCAAGGUUUAAGGAAACUAGAAAUCUUGAAUCUGGAUUUGACUGACUUCAAGGAAAGCAUUUUGAUAGAGUCAUUGGGAGCGUUGCCACGCCUUGACAAAGUGUUCCUCGAUUAUUCUUCUCUCCCAGCAAGCUUUCUUAGGAACAUUGGACCGUUGUCUACUCUUAAAGUCCUAUCAUUGACCGGAGUUGACUUCCAUAGCACCCUACCUGCUCGAGGGAUUUUCUUCAAUUCGAGCACCCUUGAAGAAUUGCAUCUAGAUGGUAGUUCUCUCCCAUUAAACUUUCUCCAGAACAUCGGAGCAUUGCCUGCUCUUAAAGUAUUGUCUGCUGGUCACUGUGACCUCAAUGACACCCUGCGCGUUCAAGGUUUAAGGAAUUUAGAAAUCUUGUAUCUGUCUUCAAAUGACUUCAAGGAAAGCAUUUUGAUAGAGUCAUUGGGAGCGUUGCCACGCCUUGACAAAGUGUUCCUCGAUUAUUCUUCUCUCCCAGCAAGCUUUCUUAGGAACAUUGGACCGUUGUCUACUCUUAAAGUCCUAUCAUUGACCGGAGUUGACUUCCAUAGCACCCUACCUGCUCGAGGGAUUUUCUUCAAUUCGAGCACCCUUGAAGAAUUGCACCUAGAUGGUAGUUCUCUCCCAUUAAACUUUCUCCAGAACAUCGGAGCAUUGCCUGCUCUUAAAGUAUUGUCUGCUGGUCACUGUGACCUCAAUGACACCCUGCCCGUUCAAGGUUGGUGUGAAUUGAAGGCUUACUCCUAA